AUGGAUCAAGUUGUUAAGCGCGCUAAAGAAGGCUUUGGCCAAAUAUUUGAUAAAAGUCUUCAUGAUAUUGUUCGCGGCAUAAGAAAUCACAAAGAUAACGAAGCUAAAUAUAUCGCCGAAUGUAUCGAUGAAAUUAAACAAGAACUUAAACAAGAUAAUAUUGCUAUCAAAGCAAAUGCUGUUAAUAAACUAACCUACCUGCAAAUGCUUGGCUAUGAUAUAUCUUGGAGUUCAUUUAAUAUAAUUGAAGUUAUGAGUUCAUCGAAAUACACGUUCAAAAGAAUUGGCUAUUUAGCUGCAUCACAAUGUUUCCAUGAAGGCACAGACGUACUGAUGUUAACAACAAAUAUGAUUCGCAAGGAUUUAAAUAGUUCAUCUAUGUAUGAAGCUGGUAUAGCCAUGAGUGGUUUAUCCUGUUUUAUUAAUGGAGAUUUAGCCCGAGAUCUUGCCAAUGAUAUCAUGAGUUUGAUGACAUCGACAAAACCUUAUAUAAGAAAGCGAGCUGUGCUAUUAUUGUACAAAGUAUUUUUAAAUAAUCCGGAUGCAUUAAAACCAGCGUUUCCACGUCUAAGAGAAAAAUUAGAAGAUCCUGAUCCAGGUGUUCAAGCAGCUGCUGUUAAUGUUAUAUGUGAAUUAGCUCGUCGAAAUCCUAAAAAUUAUUUAGCAUUAGCUCCAAUAUUCUUUCGUCUAAUGACGUCUUCAACAAACAACUGGGUAUUAAUUAAAAUAAUUAAACUGUUUGGGGCAUUAACACCGUUGGAACCUCGUCUAGGAAAAAAAUUAAUUGAACCAUUAACAAAUUUAAUUCAUAGUACCUCGGCAAUGUCAUUGCUUUAUGAAUGUAUCAAUACAGUUAUAGCAGUUCUUGUUUCCAUAUCUUCCGGUUUACCAAAUCACAGUUCUUCCAUUCAAUUAUGUGUACAAAAACUACGUAUUCUCAUUGAAGAUUCAGAUCAAAAUCUUAAAUAUCUUGGUUUAUUGGCCAUGUCAAAAAUAUUACAAACUCAUCCAAAAAGUGUUCAAGCACAUAAUGAUUUAAUUAUGCAAUGUUUGGAUGAUAAAGAUGAAUCGAUACGUUUACGAGCCUUAGAUCUUCUAUCAGGAAUGAAUCUAAUGGAUAUUGUUCGAAAAUUAAUGAUUCAUAUGGAUAAAGCAGAAGGCUCACAUUAUCGAGAUGAACUAUUAUCAAAAAUUAUCGAUAUUUGUAGUCAAAAUGAUUAUCAACAUAUCACAAAUUUUGAAUGGUAUAUAAGUAUUUUGGUUGAAUUGACACGUUUAGAAGGAACAAAACAUGGUAGUCUAAUAUCAUUACAAAUGUUAGACGUAGCCGUUAGAGUAGAAUCAAUUAGACAAUUUGCCUGUAAUCAAAUGGCUAUUUUAUUGGAAAAUGCGCAUAUGUUUAUUGUUGGUUCAAAUUCAACAAGUGUAGCGGAAGUAUUGUAUGCCGCUGCGUGGAUCUGUGGAGAGUUUUGCUCCCAUUUGAAAGAACCAGAAAAAACGUUAAAUUCAAUGUUGAAUACAAAAAUUAUUCAGUUUCCUGGACAUAUUCAAUCAGUUUAUUUUCAAAAUAUUCUAAAAAUUAUCACCUACAUUUUGACUCAAACGGCUCAAGAAGAGAAAAAUAAAACCGACGAUAUCAAAGAGUUGCUUACAAGCACUAUAGAUAAAUUAUCAGCAUUUUUAAUGAGUGGAGAUGUUGAAGCACAAGAAAGAGCUAGUACUGUUUUACACCUUUUGAAAACCGCAUUGAAAUUAAUUGAACGUAAUGAAUUUAAUUCAUCAGAAUUAUCAGCGUUAUUUGAAGGAAUUCUAAAUCCAGUUGCACCCAAGGCACAACGAAAAGUGGCGAUACCACAAGGUCUGGAUUUGGAUGCCUGGAUCAAUGAUCCACCAUCAGAAAGCGAAGACGAAACAGAGUUGGCUUCGUCUUCACAAAACGCAAAUCAAUUAUUUUACGGACAUGAAGAGAGUCAUGGAGCUGGAGGCGAUAGCUAUUAUCAUGGAAGUAAUUUAACAUCAUCUGGUACUGAUGGUGUACAUCGAAAAUCGAAAUAUUACGAAGAACCAAGUGCUGAAGUAUUAGAAAAACAACGUGCAGAUCGAAAACAAAGCGAAAAACUGAAUCCAUUCUACUUGAAAGAUAUAUCAAAAUCAUCACUUCUCACACAACAAAGUAAUACACAGGUAUUAAAUGGUUCUCAAAUUCCUUUCCCUGCUGGUAGUGGUCAUAGUAGUACUCUUCCAAUAAGUUUAGCAUUAUCAUCAUCCGAUCAAUAUUAUCGUCAAUCAAAAAUUGACGAAGAAAAUCGACGUUUAAAAAAAAAAAUGAAAACAAAAAGUACAUCGCAGGAUUCAACAGACAUCGUUUCAGAUGUUAAAGGUAAAAAAUCAAGAAAAUCUAAAAAACAAAGUAAACAUACUACCGACACUACUACAAAUGUUAAUAAUGAAAAUGAAAAUGACGAUGAUUUCUAUCCAAAAUUUCAAGUAAAACGUGGUGGUGAGCUACCCGAAGGUGCUCAAGAAAAUGAAGAAGAUAUUGAAGAUGACGAGAACAAUAAGAAUAUGAAAAAGAAUGAUCCACAUCGAGCACUCAACAUUAAUCUAGAAGAUAUAAUUAAACCUAAACAACAGCAAGUUUCAGUUGUUCAAGAUACAGCUCCUCCCGUUUUACAGUCGUCACUAUCUCAGACAAAAGAGUCACACAAGAAAAAGACAAAAGAUAAAAGAAAGUCACCAAAGGAUGUGGAUACAAAGCCAACAAUACCGACAUCUAAACAAAGAACACGAAGUGAUUAUAAUGAACUUUUAUCGCCAAACAAUGAUGACAACCAUCAAAAAUCUCCUGUUACAACUCAGAAUGAAUCCACUACUGUCAAGAAAAAGUCAAGUAAAAAAGGAGAAACAAAAAAUGAACUAAAACCAUCGGUCAAUAACACUGAAGAAAAAUCAUCAAAAAAAAAGAAAAAAAAGACUACUGAAGUAACGCCAGUAGACAAUAAUAAUAUUAAUACAGAAACACAAUUGUUUGACAUAAUGAAUGAUGAUCAAUUUAAUACAGAACAAACAUCAAUAAAUAAUACCGUUGCUGAUGAUUAUAAAUUGGCUGCACAAUCAUCAAAUAUUAGAGUUGAAUAUUCUAUAUCACACACAUCGACAAAUAAUCAUUUAAAUGUCAAAUUUUUAUUAAAAAAUUUAACAUCGUCCAUAAUAAACUCAUGUGAAUUAAAAAUUAUUGAUUCGUUAAGUUCAAAAUUAAUUUUAUCAUCACAGAUAUAUGAUCAAAAGACAAAAUCACUUAAGUUUCCAUCAGUAACACUUUUCCCCUAUAGUAAAAAUUAUUUACACAUUGAAUUUUUAAUUACUCAAAUCUCAUUUGCACAAAAAUUAGCCACAACAUUCACAUGUUCUGUGCAAAAAUCGAAUGAUAACAUCGAAACCGAUAAACUUGAAUUUAAACUUGAUUUACCAUGUUCGCAAUAUUUGAAAAACACAUCAAUUGAUUCGGUAGCUUUUGCUGAUCUAUUGAGUAAUACUGGAUCUUCAUCAUUGACAAGUAAAUACAGUAUGAAAGUAACGACUAGUCAUGAUUUAAACUCAUUAACAAAUUAUUUAUGUCAAAUGUAUCGAUUUACAGUUGUUGAUAAGAUAGGAAAUGCAACAUCACUCUAUAGUGAAUCAAUUCUUGGACAUCCAGUGGCACUUCUAUUAAAACAAACGAUAAAAAUGGUAAAUUUAUCCAAUUCGAGUAGUGGUAGUAAUGCUCAUCAACAAAUGCGUAAAACUGUAGAGCAAUUACGUUUUGAAGUUAAUUUACAUCGUGAACUAGCAUCUGUGACAUUAAAUGAUUUAAUUAAAUUUUGUCAUGCACAUGCUCCAGCUGAUUGUUUGGUAGCUGGUUUUCAACAUAAAGAGCAAAAUCCAUGGAAGGAACGACGUGUGUGUUCGAUGAAAAUUGAAAUGGAUGGAACACAACAACAAUCAUCAAUGUUUGAACAAAUUUAUCAAACUGUUCAAAAAGAUUUAAAAAAUUCAUCAUGGAAUGUAACAAACAUUCGUGAGCUCACUACAAAAAACGGUUCUGUUGAACAUCGUGCAGCUGUUGAAUAUGCAUUUCGAUCUGUUUUAUUUGAACUAAUGGAACAACAAUUACUAACUCAAGAAAAUUCUUUUCAUGUUGAGGAUAACUUUUUGUUAAAUGUUAGACCACUAAUUGAAGCGGCUAUUGAAGCAGUUCACAAUGAACUUGGUACACCUACAAUGCCUGUUCAUCUAUUUAACGAUUUAUUUGCUUAUACAACAAUCGAUAUAAGCGAAAAAGUGUUUAUUCUAAUGGAAGAAAAAGCACAAGUUUGGAGAUCGGAUAUGUUUUAUAGUUCGGUUAAAAAUGUUCUUCUUCGCAUGUGUAACGAUUUAUUAAAACGUUUAUCUAAAACUCAAAAAACUGUCUUUUCUGGACGAAUAUUAACAUUUUUAGCACAAUUAUUUCCCUUAAAUGAAAAAUCUGGUAUAAUUACAUUUUUAAGAAAAUUUUUGUGUUUGGUAAUGCAUCGUUUGAUUUUAGGUUUAAAUCAAAUUGGAAAUUUUAAUACAGAAAAUGUAACAAAAUUAACAACAGCUAGAAUAAAACCUGAUUCGGACGAUGGCGAAAAGGAGAAAAAAAUGGAAGUGGAUGAAGAUGGUGAAAUACAUGAUUUACAUCAAAAAAAUUCGAGUGAAUUUUAUACAAAUUUUUGGCUAUUACAAGAUUAUUUUUCUCGUCCAGUACAACUUUGGGAUAAAACAUUAUGGGCCACAUUUGUUCAGAAUACUAAUCAAGUUUUAGAUAUAUUUGUUACAAAUCAAUUGGAUGAUAUGAAAACGCCAUUAUCAUCAAAUCAGGAAACAUUUUUUGCAAAAUAUUUAACCAGUGAAAAACUUUUAGAUUUACAAUUAAAUGAUUCUACAUUUCGUCGAAAUAUUCUUGUUCAAUUUUUAAUCAUAUUUCAAUAUCUUGUUUCACCUGUUAAAUUUAAACAACCUCAACAUAUAUUGAACGAUGAACAAGCACAAUGGAUUAAAAAUACAACAAAUCAAAUUAUACAAUUAUUAAAACAAACUGGUUCAAAUGCGACUACAUUUACGGAUGCCGUACAGCAUGUACUUAAACGAGAAGAAUUAUGGAAUAAUUGGAAAAAUGAUGGUUGUCAAGAUUUUACGAGAGCAAAAUUAAAUCAACGAACAACACCAUAUAAAUUAAAUGUUAAAUUAUCAGAAAAUAUUCGUCAAUCUGUUCGUCAAGCAAUUCGUCGUCGUACAAUGGAUAUUGAACAACUACGUUCUCCAUCACAACAUUAUUUACCACCAUUAAGAGAUUUUUUUGAACCAAUUAUUGAUCAACUCAAAACAGUUCCAGUUCCUUCAACAUCAACAGCUACUGAUGAACGAGAAAAAGAACGUGAACGAGAAAAGGAACGUGAACGUCUACUAUCACAAGAUCCAUCACGUUUAUGGCGUGCAUUACGUUUACUUGCUCGACAAAGUCCAUAUUUUUUUGUGCAUAGUAAUCAAACUGUUCAAAGUAUUGCACUAUUUAUUAUGUCAACAUGUGAAAAAAUUCGUCGAGAGUACAUUCUUCCUUCCCAACAACAACAGCAACAGGCACAAAUUAUACCGUCGGUCACCGCACCUCCCAUUCAAGAAGAUAGUAUGGGAGAACCAGAUGAUGAUUUAGAUGAUGCUUCGUCAUUAUUAAAUUCAGUUGAAGGUAAAGUAGAUAAUCCACCGUCAAAUGAAAUUCAAGAUCAAGAUGACACAACAAAUGAUAUACCGAUAUCUCUACCAAUACUUCCAACAGCGACAGUUUCAAAUAAUGAUGAAGAUGAUGAUGAAGACAAUCGAGAAAAACGAAUGAAAAAACGAUCUAUAUCAACACAACAAGUUUAG